AGAAAUGUCAAGAAUGUCACUCCCAAGGCUGGUGAGUGGGUGGAGCCUUACAUGCAUAAGGAACAGAUUCUCUUCACAGGGCAGCUAGAUGUGUCUGCAAUGGGACGUUUGGUGAAUUUACAUCACAGAGCAAGAGCAUGCUUCUGCCCCCGAGGCGUGCUUCUUUCAGCCAGGCUGUAGAUUAAACCACCCCGUCUUCAACAUGACCUGUCUGCAUCCAAUGACUGGUGAGAUGAGGCGACGCAGCAGACCAUAACGGUUUAGGGGAUUGGGUUACCUCUAGUGUUCUCCCUAGGUACCCUUUAAGACCUAUAGAAAACAAUUUGUCUGGUCAGUGCUAGACUGUGGUAAUAUAAUGUAGAGUUAUUUAUUGAGUUCGGUUUUCAUUGCGGUGACUGAGAUGUGGUUGUCUUCCCUACGUUAGUUGAGUCUGUAAGUCGCUCUGGAUAAGAGUGUCUGCUUAAUGACCUUAAUGUAAUGUUCUUUACCAAAGCUUGAUGAGUUGGUUAUUUGAAUCAGCUGUGUAGUGCUAGGACAAAAACCAAAACGUGCACCCCCCCUAGUCCUAGUACUACACAGCUGCAGGUACGACUGCAACAGUUAGACUGCUCUCUCUCUCUGUUGAACCUGACCAUACAAAGCCACGAUUCGCCAGUGUUUAUUCACACUAAUAUAAAUAUUAUGCUCUUAAACAUGCCAUGACAGACAGCCUCUGUUCACAGUUUCAGAAACGUCACCUUAAAAUCCCUGAAAUUCCUUGAGGUUUGUACAGGUUUUUCACAUUUCCCUCUGUUGUCAUCUCUUAAAGUAGACAUUUAGUUAUUUAAUCCCUACACAGAUCACUGACUGUUUCCCAUGACUGAUAUACUGCUUUUAGAAAAUGGAUAUUCCCUUUCCCAUGAUCUGGUCCUCAGCCAAGAUGAGUCAUGGUUUCCCAUGCUAAGAGAAUGGAUAUUCCCUUUCCCAUGAUCUGGUCCUCAGCCAAGAUGAGUCGUGGUUUCCCAUGCUAAGAGAAUGGAUUUUCCUGACCGUUGACUGGGUCUGUGUGUACUAGUUUAGAACCGGAGCCCUAUGGGCCCUAGUCAAAGGUUGUGCACUAUUUAUGGAAAAGAGUGACAUUUGGGAUGCACCUUGGGAAAGGCUUAACACCACCACAGCAGACCAGCUGCACACCCUUAGAAAGUAGGCUCUGAAUGCAGUUUUACAAAUCAGUUUGGAUACUGUUCGAUUGUGUGUAUUUUGAUGUAGUCAAAGACAUCUGGUGACCCUAGAUUAGAUUCCCUCUCAAAUUUAACUGACAUCCAGGUGGUUUAGACUCAAUUUGCAGAAUUGUCUCUUGUAGUUGUGUUAAUCAGGUUUCACAGUUCCGCAUACCAGUUCUACCAUGUUAGGCUGUCCGGUGUCGAUUAAGGCGUCCGCGUGCUUCCCAGCCGAAACAGUUCGGAAGAGUUUUAUGAUGGCGUUUUGUGACGUGUUUGUUAGUUUUGCAUUUUGGUGAGGGUUUUUUUCAGCUUUUCGGACACAGUUUUCCUGGAGGCAAGCUGAAGUCGGUAGCCGAAGUCUACGCUCCUUCGUCGGUGAUUGGUCAACAGUAGGGUUUCUUCAAAAGUCUUUGUCAUUCAACCAGAGACGACUCGUUUUUAAGCAAAAAUUUUCAGUGAGAAAUACUGCACCAAACAUCUUAGUUAGAUGUAAAAUUGCGCUACUAAGCUCGCCUCGGCAAAAACGUCAAAAUUAAUGAUAGAUUUUUGAGGAAGUGUAUACUGGCUAUAAUGUCUCACAAUGGAUAAACAGUACUUUUGCAGCUUUUUCUUAUUUUUCAAGUGAAGGUCUUUUAAGGGAGUAUGCAAGCACACCUGUUCGGUUUGCCCUACUAGAGUUUGUGUGCCAGCCAAACUGAAGCAUGCUGACGCCUUUAGCCUAGGCUACCAAGGCUUUUUCUGGAUAAAAAGGGGGCUUAGGUGGGCGUAGCAGGGGGCAUGGCAAAGGGCGCGGUCGGCCCAUCUGCACGGCUUGAUUUUAGAGACAAUUCUAGAGGCGACAUCUUGGCGGUGUAGAUCAUUUUUUUGAAUUUAAGCCAAUUUCCUGCAAUUCUACACAUUUCUCCAAGGAGCUGAGAGAAAUUGCUUCAGUUUUAAAGCUAAUUUCCUGCAAUUCUACACCUUUUUUCCAUGGAGAUAAGAGAAAAGGUAGCAGUUUUGAAACAUUGGCCCUGGCCUAAAGUAGUGCAAUAUAUAGGGAAUAGGGUGCCAUUUGGGAUGUAGCCUAGAUCAGUCAACCCCCUACAAUUUGGUGCUCUAUAGAGGAUGAUAUCCUGUAAACAAAGAUGGUGUCCAGGAAUGUUGGGGGGAGUCUGGAUGAUUAGAGGAACUGGCAUUGCUGCCAUUUGUGUUGUAUCAUGUUCAACUGGAUCGUAUUCGUUACUAGUGCACAACAAACCAUAGCAAAACUUUUUGCAAUGGAAAACAUUUCGCAACAAAAAUUAGUUUCUUAUUGGACAAGUUCAGGUAGACCUUCCCUGUUUCAGUCCAUUUUCUUCCGUUUAGUGUCUACUUGUGAAUACGAUCCUGUUGUCUGUCUUUGGAUGUAGGCUACGUCUAGAUGGGCAAUACCCCUCUUGUACCUUUUUUAUACCUUUUUAUUUUAUUUAUUGGAUGUGACUGCUAAAAUCAGUUGGAACAGUGUGAAGAUUUCCUGUCUCUCUGUCUGUCUGUCUCUCUGUCUCUUUUUCUGUCUGUGUGUAUUCCCACAGGAUAUGGUUACUUUUUCAUAGGCUAGGCUGUGUUCACUUACACAAAUGACUCCCUAGAAAACACUGCCCAAGCUGAUAAUUUUGUCAAGAAAAAAAAUACAGUAUUCCAGGGUGUACUUUUGAAAUAUGUCAGUGAUUUUUAUUUUAUUUUAUUUAUUUCACCUUUAUUUAAGUGAUACUUGUGAAGUGGGUAAUGCUACAAUAUAAGAUACCCAAUAAGGCUGUUUCUGCUCUCUGACUCUCUCUAACCAAGUAUUGUUGGCAAGGUGGACUCUCUGCGUCAUGCUGUGUGUCUUCUACCGGACUGAGAGACAGAACUUGAGAAAGGGAAAGCGAGACUGCCAGAGAGAGGCUGACUUCAUAAAUGAGAGGAAAACUGGGCAGGAUCCAGGCCAUCAGAGGAAAUGUGUCACUGGGAGAGGGAGCGAGAAGUGCUGGACCAUAUAUGGGAGUAGAAGACUCACACCUCUCCAUUCUCUGCUCUGUGUUAGGAAGCAGUGGUCUUGUCAAGGGAUGUCUUCCAAAUGGCACCCUAUUCGCUAUAUAGUGCACUACUUUUGACUAUAGCCCUAUGGGCCCUGGUCAAAAGUAGGGCACUAUAUAAGGAAUAGGGUGCCAUUUGGGAUCCUGGGGCCUCAUUUAUAAACCAUGUGUACGCACAAAAUGUACCCCAAAACAUGCGUGUGCCAGUUUUCAUGCAAGUUGGCAUUUAUAAAAACUGAACUUGACUGGAAAAUGUGCUCACCUUCCUACAAACUUGAGACCAUGCGUACGCACAGUUUCUAGUGGUUGAAGCAAGUUUCUAGUGGUUGAAGCAUUGCAAGUAGAUAUGAUGGACAUGCUUAUUCAUAACAAUAAACAGGUUAAUAACAAGAUGCAAUCAUUUGCCAUUAGUGAGAAGAGAGAAUGUAUUUCGUUUAAUUGCGUUUUAAAAUAAUUAGAAAUAGGCAUCUAUUUCCUAGGCUAUUAUUUGUUUAAUUUCCAUGAUCAAUGCAUAAUAAAUUCCUCACCUUUUCUGUGAUGGUUUCAUACUCACGAGGUAGCAUAGGCCUUAAACAAUGAUACAUUUACAUUUGAGUCAUUUAGCAGACGCUCUUAUCCAGAGCGACUUACAGUUUUUUCAUUUUUUUUCUCCAUACCCCCCGUGGGAAUCGAACCCACAACCCUGGCGCUGCAAACGCCAUGCUCUACCAACUGAGCUACAUCCCUGCCGGUCACUUCCUCCCCUACCCUGGACGACGCUGGGCCAAUUGUGCGCCGCCCCAUGGGUCUCCCGGUCGCGGCCGGCUACGACAGAGCAUGGAUUCGAACCAAGAUCUCUAGUGGCACAGCUAGCACUGCGAUGCAGUGCCUUAGACCACUGCGCCACUCGGGAGAGAUACCAUUCUUCCCAUCUCUCGUUUAAUUGGACACACUUCACAGUAGUAAAUAGAUAAGCUAGUUCAAGUAUUUUGCUCUAUGCCGUCCGAUCCGGGCGCAGUUUACUAACGUGGAACAGACGGUUGUAGGCUACUGCUGUAGCUUACGUCUGAAUAUUGUAAUUUCAAAUGUAUCGAGAAGACAAUAUUGCAUUUAUACACAUAUUUUCAUAACCAUUGCAGAAUAAAUUCUUCACCUUUUCUGGCGAUGAUGGGUUCAUAUUCCCGAAGUAGCCAUAGCCUACAACAAAUCACCAUGCGCGUCUCUCAUUUAAUUGGGCCUAUUAGAUACGCUAUUAUUUCAAGUAUUUUGCUCUAUGCAUCAGAAAGGAAGCAUAGUUUAUAACAUACAGUAGAAUUUAACAGGUGAACAGACAGUUGAUCUUUUGCAUUGAAGUGUGUAUGGCUACCACUGUAAGUAGACAAUGUUUCAGAAUUCGUGGGCAGUGCAGCAUAGGUUUGAGAAAAAGUACAUGCAAAACAUUAGGCCCUAUUAAAUUAAAACGGUCUGUUUAGAGGUCCACGGCUAUUUGCAAUUGUUGUCUUUCAUAAACUUUUUGUCUGUCGGAUAGCCUAGGCCUACAGCAAAUGUCACUGCAAAAGUUUAACAUUCUGCCAUCACCUCCAAAGAUAUUUGAUGAAGUUCACUAUUGCUAUUUCCUUUAGAAAAAUUCCUCGGCCUAAUUCGAAUACUUCCAAAGUAUACAGCAAAUAAGGGCACCAUAAAAUAGUUUUAAUGCUUGUUCACACGCGCACCCUUUCAGGAUGGGUCUGAUUUAUAAUGGGGAACAUUCGCAUGUAUGGCGUGCACCAAGUUUAGAAAUCUCUACUUUUUAUUUAACCUUUAUUUACCUAGGCAAGUCGGUUAAGAACAAACUAUCAUUUACAAUGACGGCCUACCCUGGCCAAACCAGGACGACGCUGGGCCAAUUGUGCGCCACCCUAUGGGACUCCCAGUCACGGCCGGAUUGUGAUACAGCCUGGAAAUAACCAGGGUCUGUAGUGACACCUCUAGCACUGAGAUGCAGUGCCUUAGACCGCUGCGCCUCUCAGGAGCCCUGUAAGUGCGCAGUCUUUUCAGAAAUGGUGCAUGCAGAUAUUUAGUGUGAAAUUUAGGCAAUGGUUGUGAAUAAGGCCCCAUAUCUUCUCUGUAUAGGGUUAGCCCAAUAGAAAUGUUGGCCUCCUUGUUUCCAAGGAGUUAUGACUACAAUGAUGAUAAAGAAUUCAGCUGGUGACUUUUUUCUUCUCCAUUAUAGUUUUUCUUGGUUUUUUUGUUCAGUGACAAUGGUGGUAGUUGUUGGUAGAGUGUUCUGUGUACUGUAUUAGUGGCCAGGCCUAUUUAUGUUAAAUGUGAUUAAGCUGCAGCAGCUUGAACAAUGUCUUCCUUGCAGUGCAGAUGAACACACUUCAAGCAAUGACUUUAUGACUCAUGUCCUGCAUGUUUCUCUGGGGUGUGUAGGUCCUUAUCUGAAGAUGACCUGAUUAGAUAUUCACGUCCCUGACUACCUUUGGCAUGCGUAAACAGCAGCUACAUGAAAUGAACUUGCGUUGUUCAUGUUUUGCUGAAUGCAUUGCACACUUCUCAAAACACCCUCAUGCUAUAGGCUUAACCAAAAGUUGGGUUUCGUCACUUACAGGAAACGUAUCUAGAUGAUCUCACCGUGCAACACGUCCUCACACUUUAAACCCUGUUACCCACCUUUAAAUGCUUUACCACAGCUUCAUAACCAUUGGCAUGCAUACCCUACCAUGUGCAGACUGUAGGCCAUAUCCCACCAUGUGCAGGCUGUAGGCCAUAUCCCACCAUGUGCAGGCUGUAGGCCAUAUCCCACCAUGUGCAGGCUGUAGGCCAUAUCCCACCAUGUGCAGGCUGUAGGCCAUAUCCCACCAUGUGCAGGCUGUAGGCCAUAUCCCACCAUGUGCAAGCUGUAAGCCAUAUCCCACCAUGUGCAGGCUGUAGGCCACUGUAACUUAUAAAGAGGUCCUUUGUAGGGCCGGGACGGUACCAGUAUCGCGAUACUCGUUAGUAUCAUGGCAAGGAAAUAAAACACGAAGUAUAUUUAACUUCUUUAGGAAAACAGCCCUAAUGAUGGAAACAAACAUCAUUAUGUUGUCAUCCAGAGGCACAUUUAUUUAUUUUCCAAGCUAUAGCACACACUAUUUUACAUACAGCAGAUUUUUAAAGGACCAAAUAGUUUGGUCUGCUUCGUGUUUUUAUACCAAUAUCGCAAUAUCUUUUCCGUCACAGCCCUUUGUGGCAUCUUGCUUUUAGAAUGUGAUAUGUGCUUCACUCAAUCCAUGUCCAGCAGAUUGAAUUAACCACUGUCUGUUUUGUCUCCUUUCAGAUGGAUCUGAAGCUACUUUCUAUAGCAACAUUAUUAGGAAUCUUAUGUUUCUGCAGUGCACAGCAAGGUAAGGUCAUUUGAUUCACACACGACACAAUGUUCUACAUCUUACUUUUUUGUCUGCUCUUUUGACUUAUUUUUGUUGCUCUUUGAUGCAUAUUCUUCAGAUCAUGAUAGUGUGGUAGUUAAUUUCAGAAUUGCAUUAUGGUUUAAGAGGAGGCAGGUUGUCCAAAUGGGAUGAUGUCAUGUAUUUAAGAAACUGUCUACAGCUGCCUGGCUUCAGCAGCAUGGCUCUCAAUGGAAUAUAUUGGAAGAAAUGAAAUACCAUGUUGUUGAGCCUGCUAGACAGGCAGAUUUGAAUCACAAAAUGUUAGCAUCCCAAAUGGAACCCUAUUCACUAUGUAGUGCACUACUUUUUGACCAUAUAGACCACAGUAGUGCACUAGAUGGGGAAUAGCGUGCCAUUUGUGAUGCAGCCUUUCUGAAUGCUGCCUCUUUGCAAAUAGUUGUGGAUGUUUCUUAUAAAAUAUUGUUCCUUCCUCUCAGAGGGCAGUGAUUGCAUCAAGGCGAAUGCACAAUCAUGUGGGGAAUGCAUCCAGGUCGCAGAGAAAUGUGGAUGGUGUACAGACGCUGUAAGUGUGUCUUUGAUAAAGUUGUUUGAAUGCACAUGCUAACAGGGGCAGAAUGUUUAGAGGUUAACAAUGGCAGGUAUAUGAUUCAAAUACCAGUUAAUGAGAGCUUGCCGUGAAAUGGUAGAGUGGGUGAUUGGGGGAGGUGCCGCCAACUGAGAGUAUUGUAAUGCAGAGCUGUCGUGAGUCACGUUACAGAACAUAACUCACCCUGACGCUUCCUGUCAGAGUUUGCCUGGGGUUGCAUCCCAAAUGGCACCCUAUUCCCUACAUAGUGCACUACUUUUGACCCAAGCCUGGUCAAAUGUAGUGCACCCCCAUGUGGGAUGCAUGCCUGUUCUUUAUCAAAGGUCAACAAUGCAGGCUGCUAAAGAACUUAGUGCAGUCUACCUCUUUACCAAUCUCAAUGAGCAACACCAAAUGUCAGGUACCUCGUUCAACACUGAUGAAACAGAAUCAAAAACAGACAUAUCUUCAGCAAUAAUGCCCAUUAUAAAAUGAUGUGUAAUGGUUUGAUUCAGAAAAAUACCCUUUUAAGAUUGAUGAUGGACAUAGUACAAUUUUUAUUCAGACUUGGCACAUUGUCUAUGCCAACCACUGCAGUGCCUUGUGAGAAAUAAUUUGCAUCCAAUCUAAACUUUGCCUGUUCCAUACGGAGAAUGGCCUAUUUGCUGUAUCCCAAAUUCACCCUAUUCCCUACAUAGUGCACUACUUGGGCCAUGGUCAAAAGUAGUGUACUAUAUAGGGAAUAGGGUGCCAUUAGGGACGCAGAGAAAGUGUUCAGACAGCUUGCAUAUGCAGGGUAAAUAGCUAGAGGACAGAGAUCCUUAAAAUACAUACCUCCAGGGCACAUCUAGUCAAGGGCCAGUUUUGACAGGCAUUCUGCCGUGUUAACCCCUCAUUCAUUUUCUAGUUUGGGCUGUGUUCUUCUGUAUCUAUGAUAAUGAUUGUGAAAAGAAGAAAACAUAAAAGUCAAUAAAUAUCAAAUAUAAAAAUAAGAAAGUUUGGGUUAUUUGUCAUCUGUAAUGAAAUGUGUUGUUUUCUUUCUCUGUGCAGGACUUCCUGAAGCAGGGAGAGUCUAAGUCAGCCCGCUGUGAUGAGCUGAAGUCCCUGAUCACGAAGGGCUGCAGUAAGGCCAAGAUCGAGAACCCCCGGGGCAGCAUCUCCAUCGACAAGGACAAGCCCGUCACCAACCGCAAGAAGGACGUGGCCGAGAAGCUGAAGCCUGACCAGAUCACUCAGAUCCAGCCCCAGAAACUUACACUCAACCUCCGAUCCGGUAAAGACUUAACUCCUGACCUGUGCUGAUAUAGGAUCAGAUUUAUCUUGUAGAUCAUAAUGAAUAAGAUUAGAUGGACAUGGAGGACCUGAUCCUAGAUCAGCACUCCUACUCUAAGGGGUUUUGUAAAUAUCGGCCCAGCCUCCUGACUGGCCCAACUCAUUGGCCAUGUAGCUAUAUGAUACUUUACAGUGAGGGGAAAAAAGUAUUUGAUCCCCUGCUGAUUUUGUACGUUUGCUCACUGACAAAGACAUGAUCAGUCUAUAAUUUUAAUGGUAGGUUUAUUUGAACAGUGAGAGACAGAAUAACAACAACAAAAUCCAGAAAAACGCAUGUCAAAAAUGUUAUAAAUUGAUUUGCAUUUUAAUGAGGGAAAUAAGUAUUUGACCACUCUGCAAACUGAGUUAGUACUUGGUGGCAAAACCCUUGUUGGCAAUCACAGAGGUCAGACGUUUCUUGUAGUUGGCCACCAGGUUUGCACACAUCUCAGGAGGGAUUUUGUUCCACUCCUCUUUGCAGAUCUACUCCAAGUCAUUAAGGUUUCGAGGCUGACGUUUGGCAACUCGAACCUUUAGCUCCCUCCACAGAUUUUCUAUGGGAUUAAGGUCUGGAGACUGGCUAGGCCACUCAAGGACCUUAAUGUGCUUCCUCUUGAGCCACUCCUUUGUUGCCUUGGCCAUGUGUUUUGGGUCAAUGUCAUGCUGGAAUACCCAUCCACGACCCAUUUUCAAUGCCCUGGCUGAGGGAAGGAGGUUCUCACCCAAGAUUUGACGGUACAUGGCCCCGUCCAUCGUCCCUUUGAUGCGGUGAAGUUGUCCUGUCCCCGUAGCAGAAAAACACCCCCAAAGCAUAAUGUUUCCACCUCCAUGUUUGACGGUGGGGAUGGUGUUCUUGGGGUCAUAGGCAGCAUUCCUCCUCCUCCAAACACGGCGAGUUGAGUUGAUGCCAAAGAGCUCGAUUUUGGUCUCAUCUGACCAUAACACUUUCACCCAGUUCUCCUCUGAAUCAUUCAGAUGUUCAUUGGCAAACUUCAGAUGGGCCUGUAUAUGUGCUUUCUUGAGCAGGGGGACCUUUCGGGCGCUGCAGGAUUUCAGUCCUUCACAGCGUAGUGUGUUACCAAUUGUUUUCUUGGUGACUAUGGUCCCAGCUGCCUUGAGAUCAUUGACAAGAUCCUCCCGUGUAGUUCUGGGCUGAUUCCUCACCGUUCUCAUGAUCAUUGCAACUCCACAAGGUGAGAUCUUGCAUGGAGCCCCAGGCCGAAGGAGAUUGACAUGUCUUUUGUUUUUCUUCCAUUUGCGAAUAAUCGCACCAACUGUUGUCACCUUCUCACCAAGCUGUUUGGCGAUGGUCUUGUAGCCCAUUCCAGCCUUGUGUAGGUCUACAAUCUUGUCCCUGACAUCCUUGUAGAGCUCUUUGGUCUUGGCCAUGGUGGAGAGUUUGGAAUAUGAUUGAUUGAUUGCUUCUGUGGACAGGUGUCUUUUAUACAGGUAACAAGCUGAGAUUAGGAGCACUCCCUUUAAGAGUGUGCUCCUAAUCUCAGCUCGUUACCUGUAUAAAAGACACCUGGGAGCCAGAAAUCUUUCUGAUUGAGAGGGGGUCAAAUACUUAUUUCCCUCAUUAAAAUGCAAAUCAAUUUAUAACAUUUUUGACAUGCGUUUUUCUGGAUUGUUUGUUGUUAUUCUGUCUCUCACUGUUCAAAUAAACCUACCAUUAAAAUUAUAGACUGAUCAUUUCUUUGUCAGUGGGCAAACGUACAAAAUCAGCAGGGGAUCAAAUACUUUUUUCCCUCACUGUAUCUAUACAGGACAUGCUAGGAUAUGCAAUCUUUCUUGAAAUUGCCAUUAACACGCAGUCAUUGAUGGCUGAAUCUAAAUUGUCAGUCAGAAUCCUGUUGAUGUUUGUAUCAUCCGGAAUAAUGAAGUCUUCAUGUUCUCUGAAUCUUUUCCAUUCUAUUCUAUUUCCACCAUGCAGGUGAGGCCCAGACGUUUAAGCUGAAGUUCAAGCGGGCAGAGGACUACCCCAUCGACCUCUACUACUUGAUGGACCUCUCCUUCUCCAUGAAAGACGAUUUGGAGAACGUCAAGAACCUGGGGACUGACCUGAUGCGUGAGAUGCAGGAGAUCACAUCAGACUUCAGGAUUGGUAAGCGACGUUCAACUUCAAAACGUUCAAAGUAAAUCAACUCUUCCAACAUCUAUAAAAGGUGUCCUUUAUACAGAUAGGUAGUUACCUGCUGGGCAUCUCUGCCUGUCGCAGCUCCAACGGUGCCUGUAGGCCAGCUAAAGGGUUAUGAGCCUGGGAACACCAGUCCUCAAUGUUUCAUUCCUUGUCUUAGUACAUCUCCUGGUGUCUGAGCAGUGGCAGGGACGAUUUUGGUUUCCCAACUCCUGUCCUUCCUCCUUAGCUACAGCCAGACACUGCCCAUGUGUGCCUCCUCUGCCAGCGCUUUCUAAACCCUGACUGUUUUCCUAACCAGGUUUCGGCUCAUUUGUGGAGAAGACUGUGAUGCCCUACAUCAGCACCACCCCAGCCCGGCUGUUGAACCCCUGCACGAGCAAUGAGAACUGCACCAGCCCCUUCAGCUAUAAGAAUGUGCUGAAGCUGACUGAGAACGGGCAGCAGUUCAACAGCCUGGUCAGCAAGCAGCAGAUCUCUGGAAACCUGGACUCCCCUGAGGGAGGCUUCGAUGCCAUCAUGCAGGUGGCUGUCUGUGGGGUGAGUGACCUGACCUGGUCGAAGUGUGCUAGUCUUCGUUAAGGGCCUGUAUUCAUAAAGCGCAGAGUAGUACUACUGAUCUAGGAUCAGUUUAUAUUUUUAGAUACAUAAGAUUGCAUGGACAGGGGGUGACCAAGAGUCAUCUGUUAUUUCAACCAAUCGAUUGGUUGACAUUUUUAAACGUGCAUUUUUGCAUAUAUAGAAAAAUCAACUAUAGGUGCUGAGCUUGUCUGGUGCUUUACGUGAACUGUUUGAUUAAAUAAUUAAGACAUACAAAUGACUAGAGGGAGUCUGACCACAAUUGAUUUGAUUGUGCUGUGCCUGGCUCAGACUUGCUGCGCUGUGUUCAGAAGAAAAAAAACAGUGAGUGACUGUGUGACUAGCACCCGUUGUCUCUCUCUCCUCCCUGCUGCAGCGACCACCACAGAACAUCAACAGUGUGUAUCACGCUGUCCGUGUUGCUGAAGCUGCAACAUAAUUGCAGCCAUUUCUGACUGAAAAGUUAUGUUACCAAAAUCCCUCAUUUGUUUAGAAAAAACAUUCCCUAUUCCCUCAACUCUUGCUCUCUUUACGUGACACAUGUAUGCAUCGCAUGCACGUGACCAAUAGGGCCUGACCUAUAGCAUAUCAUAAUCACAUCAAUAAAUUGGUUAUAACAAACUCUGAACACCGUAACACGUGACAGCAAAAUGGAUGCAGAGGACGUGACCAAUAAACUCGAAACGGGGGAAUGUUUACUGGUUGCUCAGGAGGUAAAGGGGAAGUCAGAUGUGUGGAAUAAAUGUUAGUAGUUGUGGAAAAUACUGGCGAUCAAGAAAAAUAAAGUAAGGAGCAAGCGCUGCGUGCAUAUUAUGUGUGCCAAACAGGUGCUGUUAGAUUACAAUAUACGUUUUCUGACUGUUUGGAACAAUGUAAAUACAACACUAAAUAAAUUAUAAACGUACCAGAGUGUAUGUAAAGUUUUUUUGUAAAGCCUUUAUUUUAGUCAUUUAGUCAUUUUUUUUGCAGACGCUCUUAUCCAGAGCGACUUACAUUUAUUGAGUUUAUACAUUUUUCAUGCUGUUUUUCAUACUUUAUUACAUCAAAGACUCAAAGAUUCAAGAUUCACUCGUGAAUGCAAUUUCCGAAAUGGAAUGGUUUAGGCCUAUUUAUUGUUUACGUGAAAUAUUCAAUGUUUGCUUUAUUUUCUUUUGAAACAAAAAUUCUUGAUCGCAUUUAAAAUCAUGAAUGACUCCUAUGCUGUGUGAUGACAUGAACGAAUACAUGAUCGAUUGAUACAGUAGCCUAUAUACAGUGCAUUCGGAAAGUAUUCAGACCCCUAAGACUUUUUCCACAUUUUGAUACGUUACAGCCUUAUUCUAAGAUUUAUUUAAUUGUUUUUCCCCCUCAUCAAUCUACACACAAUACCCCAUAAUGACAAAGCAAAAACAGGUUUUUAGAACAUUUUGCUAAUUUAUUCAAAAGAACAACCUGAAAUAUGACAUUUACAUAAGUAUUCAGACCCUUAACUCAGGACUUUGUUGAAGCACCAAUAGUUAGGCUAUUGAUUAUUGGUUUCCGCUCUCCUCAAUUUUCUUAGACAAUUAAGGCAAGGGCUGUUUUCGUCUCCUAACUCCACUGCUGCCUCCGCCACAUUGUUCUCAACACCAAUAUGCUGGUUAACUUUGCUAUUAUGCACAUAGCAACAUGGUCUAGGAAAAGGCGUCAAUUCAACAGCGCACUGAUGUCUUUCAGAACCGCGGACAGUGACCACUAACCAACGCGGGAGAAAGCGCAUUUGUUAUAAAAUAAUAUUAUUUUGCACCAUUGUUUUUACAUAAUAUAACCAUAUAGAAUUUCAGUAGCAAAUGUCUUAGACUGAUGGACUGUGCCAUCCCCAUGGCCACCACAAUGGAUCAGUCCACUCAGACAGGCGCCAAUCAGACAAGUGUCUUAUACACCUUCUUUUUUUUUUUUUUUUGCUACUGCUCGACAAAAGAAAUCUUGGUCGACCAACAGCCUAUCGACCAAACAAUCGACCAGUCGACUAAAUAGGUUUAGCCCUAGUGCAAAGCAUUCCAAUAAAUGUUUUGUUAUUUUUCGGGAGCUCUAAUUGAUUGUAUUUGUUUCUGUCCCUCCCCCUGCAGGAUGCCAUUGGCUGGAGGAAUGUCACUCGUCUGCUGGUGUUCUCCACUGACGCUGGCUUCCACUUUGCUGGAGACGGCAAACUGGGCGGCAUCGUUCUGCCCAACGAUGGAAAGUGUCAUCUGGAAAACAAUAUGUACACCAUGAGCCAUUACUACGUAUGUGUUUCUCUGUAUACUAUAUACUCUAUACCUUCCAGGCAUUUUGUAUUGCAUUUGUUGCAUUAUAGUUUAUUGAUUUUGUGUAUUUUGUAUGCUGACCUCACAAAAUGAAUUUCCAUGUAAACGGACAGUAAGGUUAUCAUAUAUGGUAUAACAUGCUGCAUGACUGGCUCAUGUCUCUGUGGUAUGGAUCGUUGGAUGUUUGUUUUGACAUUUUAAUCUUGAAUUUCUUUUCAAUUAACAGGACUAUCCCUCCAUUGCCCAUUUGGUCCAGAAACUGAGCGACAACAACAUUCAGACAAUUUUUGCUGUUACUGAGGAAUUUCAGCCGGUUUAUAAGGAACUGAAGAAUCUCAUCCCCAAGUCAGCAGUAGGAACCCUGUCCUCCAACUCCAGCAACGUCAUCAAGCUCAUUAUCGAUUCUUACAAUGUGAGUUAACCCCCUCGCUUUGACGCUAGCUUUGACUUGGAAUGGCUGUUUGAUGUGAAGCUAAUAAUUACUGUGCAGAAAAUAAAUACCUGGGGUGCGUCCCAAAUGGCACCGUAUUCCCUAUAUAGUGUACUUAUUUUGACCAGGUGCCCUUUGGGACACAGCCCUACUGUUUUUCUAUUGACAUAUUUGGUUAACAUUCUCUGUAUGUUUGGUAGUCUCUUUCAUCUGAAGUCAUUCUGGAGAACAACAAGGUGCCUGAAGGUGUGUCCAUAAAAUACAAGUCCAUCUGCAAGAAUGGCGUGGUUGGAACAGAAGAGGGUGGAAGAAAAUGCUCUAACAUCUCCAUUGGAGAUGAGGUAAGUGAGCGCGAGCGCUGCCUUUCCUUGGUGGUCUAGUCACUAUUGGAAAAGUGGUGGAGAAUUUACAUUUGUAAAUGUAAUACAUUUAGAAAAAUUAGUAAACUAUCCAAGACAUUUUAGGAGUUUGCUAAUGAAAAACAAGAAGAGGGAAUAUCGUUGACCAUUUGUCAACGUUUCAGCUCAGAAGCCUUUCUCAAGACCUGUCUCCAGGAGUUUACUAAUGCUUUCUAUCAAUCAUCGAAUCACCAAGGUGUCCUUUGACAUUACCAUCGAGUCUCAGAAGUGUCCGUCUCAAGGCAAGUCCGAGACCAUUAGGAUCAAGCCGCUGGGUUUCAAUGAGGAUGUGGAGAUCGUCCUCAACUUCAUCUGCGAAUGUGAAUGUUCCAAAGACGGAGAACCUCUCAGCAAGAGCUGCCACAACGGCAACGGUACCUUUGAGUGUGGAGCCUGCAGGUAGGCACAACAUAAAACACUGGUAUGGGUUCUGAUUUUCGGGUGUGAAUCGAUUGUAGUAAUGUUCUUCUGAAUCUAUACAAGUCAUAUUCACUAGGAUCCAAAGGAAGAAAAGGGACCAAAAGGGGAAGGUUCUACAUUCAUUUAUCCAAUAAGAAACGCUUGUUUUCGUUUUCCGUAGUGACAUUUUUUGCUUCGAUGUGCACUAAUGAAUAUGAUCUUGCUUUGUCUCAGGUGCAAUGAGGGACGUAUCGGCAGACUGUGUGAGUGCAGCACAGACGAGGUGAGGACCGAUGACCUGGACGGUAACUGUCGGAAAGACAACGGUACAGACAUCUGCAGCAACAACGGAGACUGUGUGUGUGGAACCUGUGAGUGUAAGAAGAGGGAGAACCCCGAGGAACGGUACAGCGGGAAAUUCUGCGAGUGUGACAACUUCAACUGUGACCGCUCCAACAACAAACUCUGUGGAGGUAGGACCCUUGGCUGGCCCUCUUGGUUUGACUAGGUGUAUGCAUGUUUUCGUAGACAUUGUAUUCAUUCAACACUGCUGUGUACUGUAAGAAUGUGUUUUAAAAAGAAAGUAUUCAGACCCCCUGACUUUUCCCACAUUUUGUUAUGUUACAGCCUUAUUCUAAAAUUGAUUAAAUUGUUUUUUCCUCAUCAAUCUACACACACUACCCCAUAAUGACAAAGCAAAAACAGGUUUUUUAGAGAUGUUAGCAAAUUUAUAAAAAAUAAAAAACUGAAAUCACAUUUACAUAACUAUUCAGACCCUUUACUCAGUACUUUGUUGAAGCACCUUUGGCAGCGAUUACAGCCUCGAGUCUCCUUGAGUAUGUUGCUACAAACUGGGCACACCUGUAUUUGGGGAGUUUCUCCCAUUCUUCUCUGGAGAUUCUCUCAAGCUCUUUCAGGUUGGAUGGGGAGCGUUGCUGCACAGCUAUUUUCAGGUCUCUCCAGAGAUGUUAGAUCGGGUUCAAGUCCGGCCUCUGGCUGGGCCACUGAAGGACAUUCAGAGACUUGUUCCAAAGCCACUCCUGCAUUGUUUUGGCUGUGUGCUUAGGGUCGUUGUCCUGUUGGAAGGUGAACCUUCGCCCCAGUCUGAGGUCCUGUGCAUUCUGGAGCAGGUUUUCAUCAAGGAUCUCUCUGUACUUUGCUCCGUUCAUCUUGAUUCUGAUUAGUCUCCCAGUCCCUGCUGCUGAAAAACAUCCCACAGCAUGAUGCUUCCACCAUCAUGCUUCACCGUAGGGAUGGUGCCAGGUUUACUCCAGAUGUGACGCUUGGCAUUCAGGCCAACGAGUUCAAUCUUGGUUUUAUCAGACCAGAGAAACUUGUUUCUCAUGGUCUGAGAGACCUUUAGGUGCCUUUUGGCAAACUCCAAGCGGGCUUUCAUGUGCCUUUUACUGAGGAGUGGAUCGACACAAUCCUGUCUCGGAGCUCUACGGACAAUUCCUUCGACCUCAUGGCUUGGUUUUUGCUCAGACGUGCACUAUCAACUGUGGGACCUUAUAUAGACAGGUGUGUGCCUUUCCAAAUCAUGUCCAAUCAAUUAAAUGUACCACAGGUGGACUCCAAUCAAGUUGUAGAAACAACUCAAGGAUGAUCAAUGGAAACAGGAUGGACCUGAGCUCAAUUUCGAGUCAAAUAGCAAAGGGUCUGAAUACUUAUGUACAUUUUUUUUAAAACUGUUGUCACUUAUGGUGUAUUGUGUGUAGAUUGAUGAGGGAAAUUUUUAAUUUAAUACAUUUUAGAAUAAGGCUGUAACGUAACACAAUGUGGAAAAAGGGAAGGGGUCUGAAUAUUUUGCAAAUGAACUGAAUAUCAUGGAUCCUCCAUUUUCUCCACCUCUUUCCUCAGGCAUGGUCUACAAAAUUUUUUUUUUUAGAUUGGAUGAUUCUUCAAAAUGGAUGGUUGCGUUGUGUAGGCCUAGCAUUGAUUUAAAUAUCUUAUUUUCUCCUCCACUCUACUAGGACAUGGGCGUUGUGAUUGCAGGGUGUGUAUCUGCGAUGCCAACUACACAGGCAGCGCCUGCGACUGUUCCCUGGACACCUCCACCUGCUUGGCAGCCAACAAGCAAAUAUGUAAUGGCCGGGGCACCUGCGAGUGUGGUGUCUGCAAGUGCACCAACCCCAAGUUCCAGGGCCCCACCUGUGAGAUCUGCCCCACCUGCCCCGGAGUCUGCACUGAGCACAAGUGAGUCCCCGCUCAGGGUUUUAACCAUAGAUAACAAUGGCUCUAUAUCUCUGGUAUCAACCACCCACAAUGCUGACAGGGCGUUGUGGGUAUGGAUAACCUAUAAAAAAACAGACUAUGAUAAAACAGUUUUCAUUUGUCUUCAUACCUAUCUGUGUGGCCGUAGCCUGACCAUGUUGUCCUCUCUCUAAAAGGGAGUGUGUUCAGUGCCGGGCUUUUGAGACGGGAGAGAAGAAGGACACGUGUGAGAGGGACUGCAGCUAUUUCAAUCUGAUCAGAGUGAAGGACAGGGACAAGCUGCCCCAGCCAGCCGACCAGUCCUACCCCCUAUCACACUGUAAGGAGAGGGACGCCAACGACUGCUGGUUCUACUACACCUACGCCGUCAGGAACGACACAGUGAGGGAGGUCUACGUGGUCGAGACUCUGGGUGAGUGGAUGGAGGGUGCUGCACCACUCAGAGGAGCAAAUAUCUUUGAUCGUCCAUUUUAGGAAUAGCCUGCCCUAAUGGCUCCAAGUCUGUAUGGCAUUUUACAGGCCGUGUCCCUAAUGGCACCUUUUGACCAGGGCCCUAUAAUCUCUGGUCAAAAGUAGUGCACUACAAAAUGACGUAGUGCACUACAAAGGGAAUAGGGUGCCAUUUGGGUCACAGCCAAAGUGUAGGCCUAUAAUAAUUAUAAACUUUAUUUGGCAGAUGCCUUUCAAAACACAACUACAUAGUCCAUUGUAUGUGAUUGUCCAUUGUAUAUGAUUAACUGUAAAUGCAUAAUGUUGCCAUGCGUGUUCCCUGCUGUGCUCCAGAGUGCCCAGCGGGCCCUGACAUCAUCCCCAUCGUGGCUGGCGUGGUGGCGGGCAUUGUGCUGAUCGGCCUGGCCCUGCUGCUCAUCUGGAAGCUGCUCAUGAUCAUCCACGACCGCAGGGAGUUCGCCAAGUUCGAGAAGGAGAAGAUGAACGCCAAAUGGGACACGGUAAGGCAUCCUGUCGGAUCACAUCAGCACAGCCAGGUUUCAGAUAAGAAUAUUAACUUUUUAUAUUAGCUGUGAUUUUUUUCUUUUUUCUCCACUGUUCAGAUAUCUGGGGUUGCAUUCAUAAAGUGUCUGCGAGUAGAAGUGCUGAUCUAGGAUCAGUUUUGCUUUUAGAUCACAAUGAAUAAGAUUGCAUGGACAGGGGUCCUGAUUCUAGAUCAGCACUCUUAUUCAGAGACACUUGAUGAAAUGGCCCCUGGUCUACUCUUGAAAUGUGAGAUGACUUUCUGUCCUAAAUUAACUAACGCCUAUAUAUAUUAGCUUACUGUUUGUGAUUUCAGCUCGUUCAUCCAGCAUUACUUUUACUCCUAUCUCAAGAGAUGCACUUCAUUGCCUUUGAAGGCCAAAGGGAGAUCUGUGCGAAAACCAACCGUUAUAUUUGUGCCUUGUUUAUCUCUUUGGCUCAAUCUCCUGUUUUCUUUUCUGUUUUGUGCCAACAACGGCAGCACAGAAACAUGGCUCUGGCGUGCUGCUCAGCCUCAGACAGACUUAAUUCACUGAGGGAGUGGCCUUUCCUCUAUGGGCCUUUUGCUGGCUAGGCUAGGAGUGCUGCCACUAUCUGUCCACUCAUCAGUACUUCAUGCCCAUAAUAGGCAAUGAAGCUGAGGGAGAGGGUGUGCUGGGUCACCAACAGAAGAAAGCUCAAUCCAGCUGCUCAGUGUGCUCUGAAAGUCAUAGCAACAGUAUUUAAUGUUUAUAGUAGAAUGACAGAGCACUUGUGUGCUGAGAGAGUGCACAGCUGAGAGAGAAUAUAGCCUCUGGUCGAGUCCCAAAUGGCACCAUAUUCCCUAUAUAGUGCACUACUUUUGACCAGAGCCCCUUUGGGCCCUGGUCAAAAGUAGUGGUAGUGCACUAUAAAUGGAAUAGGGUGCUAUUUGGGAUGCACCCUCAGUCUCAAGAGCAUGGCUAUUGCUAAACCAUUGGGGUUGGAUAUCAAAUCACAUUGUAUUUGUCACAUACACGUGUUUGUAUUCUGAAAUAUGGAUAGACCCUUGUUGGUAAACCUUUUCUGCUUUCUUGCAGUCCCUCAAAACCAUUACUCUCUCCAUCCUGUCAUCUUUUACUGCUUACUUUCUUUUCAUGCUCUUUCUUGUUCUUCUUUUCUUGAACCCCUGUCUGCCUCAUUGUCGACCAUAGCAAGAGAAUCCUAUAUACAAGAGCCCUAUUAAUAAGUUCCAGAAUCCAAGCUAUGGGCGUAAAGGAGUGGUCCUAUAAGUCUACGUUUGUAUUGCCUAUCUAUCUUCCCUUUUCCUGCAUGUACUUUAUUUUCCCCUUGGAGUGUUUUGUGAUUGAGUUUUGCAUCUUUUCCUCACCCAUUUUCACUCAUAUUUGCAUUCUUAAGAAAGAAACAGAUAUUCAACUUCUUCAAAGCAAAAGCUGUAAGAGAACUGUUUUCUCAUUUCAGUAGUGAGUUUAAAGUUUCUGGUACUGCCUGAGCCAACCUGAAGAACACAUUUGUCUAAGAAAUUAAUCACUUUUAAUAAAACAGGAUAUAUAUAUAUUUUUUUUAAACAACGUGGUCUAUAGCUUUGGGGCGACCCCACCAACAUCUAUCAAAUUCACGCUGCCUUAUUUGAAAUGGCUUAAGGUUAAGGUUAAACAUGUAUUUUACCGCAUGUUGUGUGUGCCAUUAACAUGCUAGAUUAAAGGACAGGUGACUGCUUUGUUCGCAAGUCCCUAUUGAAAUGUUGAAAAUCGUAGUGUCCAAAUGGAGACGUGCUGCUCUGGAAUUAUUUUUAACCAAACAGGGAUUUGUGAAGUGGUUCUAACCAAAUGAUUCCCUUUUUGGGCUACAUUCCAAAUGGCACCUAAGGUCCCUGGUCGAAAGUAGUGCACUAUAUAGGGAAUAGGCUGCCAUUUGGGACAAAGACAAUGUAUCCAUGAAUACCGUUUAUCUCACUCUCUCUCUUUACUUGUCUUUUGCAGGGUGAGAAUCCCAUCUACAAGAGUGCCGUAACAACUAUUGUCAAUCCAAAAUACGAGGGCAAAUGAUGGCGCAUCCUCUCUGUCAUUACAACACUGUAUGCAAAAUAAUAUGGGGGGGGGGGGGGG